CCAAGUUUCCAACUGGUCGCACUGAAACAAGAAUUAAAACCGCAGUAGCACGCUUAUUUGGAGCAAAUUUGUUUUAAAGUUGUUUUUAGGGUUUAUCGAAGAAAGCUAAAAUGCCUGCGGUGGUGCGAAUUAAGCGGCGCAUCGACGAGGAACCGCACACGGCCUUUGUGCUGAAUGGAAAGCGGCGACGCCUUCAAAACGACGAAAAUGCUCCGGACGAUUUAGGCGAGGCGACCGGGGCGGCAGCAUCAGUUUCAGACAAAGACGAGCUGACCACAGUCCUCAAAUUUGCCGGCACGCUAGAAAAACAGGACGACUGCGCUACUCGGCAAUUCGCUGCGGCCAGACUGAACAAAGCUACCGCCAAAGAGUUGGUCCAACAGCAGCGCUCCAAUGAUGCAGCCAUUGCCAGUGCCCUACGACGAGAUCGUCAGCGCCAGGAGGCGCAGGAAAAUGCGCGGGAACAGCGCUUCCGGGUGGUUAACUGUCUCCGCACAACUCUCGAAGAUCAGCCUACGGAAGAGGGAGCAUCUCUAAACCAGAAUCAAGAAUCCCAGACCAACAAAGGUCAUAUCACCAUUGUGGACAUUGAAUCCCAACAGCAGCAGCAACCACAGAGGUCCACAGGAAAUGGAGAUCAAAGCACUGUGGAACUGCAGAGGGAUGCAGAGUCUAACCUUGAUCAACAGCAGCCGGCUGACUCCGAUGUGGGCUAUGUUUACGAUCUUUAUGUGCCAGAGAAUGAGAUGCAGGCCGCCUAUGUGGACAUGAUGGACGACAACUAUCUAAGGUUGUAUUAUCCGUUUAAUUACUACAACAACUGCUACUGGUAAUCAAUGACAGCGACAAUAGUCGAAAAGACACACAGAGAGAGAGAGGGAGGCAAAGCCCGGUCAGAAAAUUAUGUGUGACGCUGCCCAGCACCUCAACCCGACAAUAAUAAAUGGACUGCAACUGGCAACUCACAUUAAAUUUAUUUUACUAAUAUUUCCAUCUGACAAAUGCCUAAAAAUUCUGCGAAACCAUUCAGUUAAAUAUGUAUGCUUUGUUAUUAAUUAAUGUCAGAGAAACGGUGCCGAAACACUUUCCUAUUAGAUGUACACAGAAUAUAAAAAACAGAAUUCUUUGUAAAUUCCUUAAAAUGUAAAAUAAUAUUUUUAAUAUGUUUACGUAUAGAAACAUUUAACAUUUACUUAGGUCUUAUGUUUUCAUGUGCCAAAUAUGAACAAAAAUAACUUUCUAAGUGUAAGCAUUUGAAAUAAAAGUUUUGUGUAACAUUUUGAAAACAUUUAAUUGUAAACCAGACGUUUGCUGGCAUAAUUAUUCCGUUCUUUUUCGAUAGAAUUUCACGCAAAUGUCAUUAUCAUAAGUCUAGAUUAAUUAGCUAUUAGAUUUGUAUGUUUUUGGAAUCACACGCACACUCAAGCCCAACAUUUUAUAAACCUGUUCCUUUGUGUUGUUUUCAAUUCAAUAGCCACUUGUCUUGAAUUGUUUUCAUUCCAAAAAAAAAAACACAAAUGAAUAGUGCUAAGGUCGAUAUACACGCAUAGUUUUAGAAUAGUUUUCCAUUUUGUUGGGGUCUAGCGUUGCCCGAAAUCGUAUAUGAAUAAUAAAUAAAGAAAUCCAUUAAAAUAUAUUGAGAA